AUGCCGCACAAAGCUAUUGUGACCGCAGAAGACUUUAAAGUGGCUUUCAACCUCUUCUGCUGUGUGUAUGGCAUUGGGACGCUUGGGAUGCCUGGUAACUUCUCACGUGCCGGUCCUCUUCUUGCCGUAGUCGCCAUGGUCUUCAUGGCUUUUGCCAACGUGUAUGGGGCAGUGGCGAUCUGUCGUGUGAUGCUGAUGGCUCCUCGCUCAGUCAAGACGUACGGUGAUCUUGGCGAAUGGUGCAUGGGUACACCUGGUCGCUACUUGUCUGUCGUCUCGCAGAUGGCCAAUUGUCUUCUAGUGCCGUGCGUGUUCCUCGUCUUGGGUGGAACACUCUUGGAUGGACUUUUUCCGAAAGCCUUUAGCGCGACGACGUGGAUUAUCCUCAUGGCUCUCUCGUGUGCUCCUGUGUGUCUCGUUCCAACGCUAAAGGAAGGAGCAGCAGCUGCUUUUGCAGGUUGUAUGGGCACCAUCAUCGCUGACGUGAUUGGCGUCGGCAUCGUGCUACACGGCAUGCGUGGUCACCCAAGUAUUCCCAAGCCCGACCUCAACUUCAAGCAAGUAGCUAGUGCUUUCGGCAAUUUGGCUCUCGCGUAUGGUGCUGGGAUCGUCAUUCCGUCGCUCCAGCGUCAGCACAGCGACCCCUCGCGCAUGCCUUGGGUCGUCGGGAUCACGAUGUUGUUCAUCUCGGUCCUCUUUCUCAUUCUGGCCACCUCGGCGUACUCGGCUGUUGGCUGCCAGAUCUCAGGCAACCUCCUGUACGCGAUCUACCCUGACGAGACGGGCUUGACGACGCUCGGCUUUGCGUCAGACUGGGGCAUGGUCGUCCUUGCCUACCUCUUUAUGCAGCUUCACAUUACGAUCGCCUUCUCUGUGAUUCUAAACCCGGCUUUUUACAUUGCCGAGCGCAUUGUGCUUGGCAUGCACAAACCUGUCGCCUCGGAUGUUGAAAACAACUUGCUCAGCUACGUUGAAGUGUCGACACCUGACGUUGGCGAGCGCUCCGAGAAACAUUCACCCACGUCCAGCGUCUCAAAACGCCGCUCGAUCCUUUCGGUGGCUGACAAUGAAAACAUCCAGUUCGAUGACCCAGCGGCUGAGACUUCCGAUUACAGUGGAGCAAAUGUCGCGAAGUACAUUGCACUGCGCCUUGCAAUAAUUACGAGCCUUGUGGUCGCGUCGGUGCUCCUAAAGGACCACUUCCACGACUUGGCCGAUUUUACCGGAGCGUCUUGCAUCACGGUCAACUCUAUCGUCCUGCCCAUCGUUUUUUUGCUAAAAAAGAAAUGGAACGUUUUACCAAUGUGGGAGAGGAUCCCAGCGUUAGUCGUGGUCGUAGCAUGUUUCAGCCUGGGAUGCUACGUGACCUACGCAUCAGGCAAAAACCUGUUUAUUUCCAGCCACGACGACGCAGCCUUCCCAUUCUGUGCGCCAGAGUUUGAAACUACUGUGUACUACAACUUCACAGCUGCACACGAGGGCUAG